UCUGUCCCUCAGGAUGGCAUGGGAACUCUCCGCGUAACCAAAGAGGGCAUCAGAUUAGAGGGAGUGUCUGAGUUCCUCCUUCCACUUUAUGUGAAAGAGAUCAACUCCAGAAGGGACAGUCCUCUGGUCUUACAGUCAGACCGCAAUGUGACGGUGAAUGCACGAAAUAACCUUGGCCAGCUGACAGGACAGCUCACUGUGGGCUCUGAGAUGGUAGAAGCCCAGUGUCACCGGUUCGAAGUGAGAAGUAGUGAUGGUGAGACAGUUCUCUUCUCUGCUGAUGAAGAGGAGAUCAGUAUUGGCACAGACAAACUGAGAGUCACAGGCAAUGAGGGAGUUGUGUUUAGUCAUUCAGUGGAAACGCCACAUGUUCGAGCUGAACCAUUCCAAGACCUGAAGCUAGAGUCCCCGACGAGGACACUGACACUGGAGGCCCCUAAAGGUGUUGAAGUCAACGCAGGAGUAGGGGAAUUCAAAGCUUCUUGUAGGAAAGAUCUCACUUUAGAGUCUUCAGAAGGAGAGAUCUUUCUAAACGCAAACUCAAUCCGUCUUGGAAAUCUUCCACACGGGAGCGUGGACACUUUGCUCGGUCCAGGGACCACGUACCACAAGCAGACUGUGUACGAGGUGUGCGUAUGUCCCAGCGGCAAGUUGUAUCUGUCUCCGGCAGAGAGCUCCUCCACCUGCCAGACCACCAACAGUGUGUGUCUCUGGAGCUGAGAAAGGUGGGUGGGCCAUGGACCACCCAGCACCAGAAAGGCCUUCCUUCUCCUUUCCACUCCCACUCCUUCCCUUCCUCCUCUCCUCUGACCUCUUUCCUAGCUCAAGACUUUUCAGUUAAGCUUUUUUUAACCACCCAUCCAUCUGACUGUUCACUCCCCCAUCCAUUGGUCUAUUCAGUAUCUAU